ACAUUUUUAAUUUUUUAUUCACUAUCAUUAUUUUAAAUUUGAGUUUCCUUUCUUCUUCCAUUCUUAAUGGCUCUUUACACAUGCACCUUCAUCUCUCCCUCUCCACCUUCCCUCUCCGCACCAAUCCGCCGAAGCCACUCAUUUCUUCGCCGUCGAGUUUCAAGUCCAAAUGCUUCCGUAGGCUCUUCUUCUUCUUCAUCUGAACCGAAAACAUCAUCAUCAUCACAAUCAUCACCGAUUGCUCCAUCUGCUACAACAACAACUUCGUCCUCAACACCUUUCGUUGAGUCUAGGCCACCUGACCCUGUCUUCAAUUACGCAUUCGCCAGCCCUAAUGGCAACCCUGCUGUUAGGUUUUUUCGAUCUACGGAGUCUAACAUUGAAAGGCUUAUAUUCGACUUCCGUUUCUUGGCACUAUUUGCUGUUGGAGGUUCAUUGGCUGGUUCACUAUUGUGCUUCCUAAACGGUUGUAUUUAUAUUAUUGAUGCAUACAAAGUCUAUUGGUCAAGCUGUGUCAAAGGAGUUCACUCUGGAAAGAUGGUUCUGCGACUGGUUGAAGCAAUUGAUGUUUAUUUGGCUGGUACGGUUAUGCUGAUAUUUGGAAUGGGACUGUACGGAUUGUUCAUAAGCAAUACAUCUUCACAUGAGAAACCUGCUGUUGAUCGUGCUCUUGUAGGAUCCUCUUUGUUUGGAAUGUUUGUUUUGAAGGAGAGGCCUAAAUGGAUGAAAAUUAGCUCACUGGACGAACUGAAGACAAAAGUGGGGCACGUUAUUGUCAUGAUUCUUCUGGUAAAAAUGUUUGAGAGAAGCAAAAUGGUAGCCAUUUCCACAGGAAUGGAUUUACUUAGUUAUUCAGUCUGUAUUUUCUUAUCUUCUGCAUCUUUGUAUAUCCUCCAUAACCUCCAUAAGGGAGAGUAGAAGAAUGUAGAUGUUGUAAAAUAUACUUAGGGCCCUUUUGGAAAACUUUAGAAGUAAUUUUUUUAACUUUUGACUUAUGAAAAGUAGUAGUAUUAA